AUGGUAAGGGAGACAAGGAUACUACUGGUUCAUGUGUUGGCUUCACUUGGCUCGAAACUGUUUAGGCUUGCAAAACAGAUUGGCAUGAUGAGUGAAGGAUGGAAUAAGACUUCAGAGGAUAUAAAUCACUUCGGUUUGUGGGCAUAUGACACUGUAUGGGCAUUGGCUAUGGUUGCUGAAUCAUUGAAUCCAACUGCCUUGGUAAGCCACAAUACUAGUAUAAAUAGUAUUGAACCCUUUGGCCUAAGAGUGUUCGAAUCAGGUCCACAGCUUCUACAAAAGUUGCUGAAUAUCAAAUUUGAAGGCCUAAGUGAAGAGUUUAAUUUGAUUAGAGGGCAGUUGAAACCUACAGACUAUGAAAUGAUCAAUGUCAGAGGGAAAUUAGGAGAGAGAGUUAUUGGGAAUUGGAGCUUGGAGAAUGGAAUACCUCACGGUCUAGACCAAUCUGUGAAGAUUGUAAGAAAACCAAUUAUUUUGCCUGGAAACACCAAAGUCCCACCAAAAGGUUGGGUUAAACCUAUGUUUGGUACAAAAUUAAGGAUCGGGAUUCCGAUAGCACCCGCUGGUUUUAAGGAAUUUUUGAAGAUAGAGUGGGAUCCUCAUACUGAUGAGCCUUCCUUCUCAGGGUUUUCCUACGACAUCUUCUUGGCUUCAUUGGAUAAAUUGCCUUUUGCACUUCCUCACAAGUUCAUUCCAUUCGCAAAUAGCUUCAAACAAAACCAUGGGACUUAUGAUAAGCUUCUUUACCAGAUUAAAUUUAAGGUACAUUAUUAG